AUGAGAUCCUUACUUUUAGUAUUGCCUUCUUUUUCCCUUCACUUGUUUUUAUUGCUACUUACUCAUUUUCCUUCGAAAUCUUUCUCAUUAUGUAACCAUCAUGAGAGCUCUGCAUUGUUACAAUUCAAGAACUCAUUUUUUAUUGACACUUCAUCUCAACUCGAGGAAUUUCAGAUUCCUAGUUGUUCCUCUUUCUCUUUCAAGACAGAUUCUUGGAAAAACAACACAGAUUGCUGCAAGUGGGAUGGUGUCACGUGCAACAACGUGUCAAACUAUGUGAUUGGUCUGGACCUUAGUUGCAAUAAUUUGGAAGGUGAAUUACACCCCAAUAACACUAUCUUCAAACUUAGACACCUUCAGCAACUCAACUUGGCUUUUAAUGAUUUUUCUAUGUCUUCAUUGCAUGCUGGUGUUGGUGAUCUAGUGAGUCUCACACAUCUAAAUCUAUCAUAUUGUAACCUCACUGGUAAUAUUCCUUCACAAAUCUCUCAUUUAUCAAAAUUAGUAUCACUUGAUAUUAGUGGAUUUGACUCUUUUAUUAGGCUCAAUCCCUUCACAUGGAAGAAAUUCAUUCGUAAUGCUACUAAGUUAAAGGAGCUUUAUCUUGAUUAUGUGGAUAUGAGUUCAAUCAACGUGAGCUCUUUGUCUAUGCUAAACAAUUUGUCAUCCUCUUUGGUUUCACUUAGUCUAUAUAACACUGGGUUACAAGGAUAUCUCUCCAGUGACAUCCUCUUACUACCUAAUCUUCAAAAACUAGAUUUGUCCUUUAACGAAGAUCUUAGUGGUCAACUUCCAAUGUCCAACUGGAGCACUCCUCUUAGGUACUUGGACCUCUCCUACACUGCUUUCUCAGAUAAAAUUCCUUACUCCAUAGGUCAGUUGAAGUCUCUUACUCACUUAUCCCUUUUACAAUGCAAACUUGAUGGGCUGAUUCCUCCGUCUUUGUGGAACCUAACUCAACUCACAUACUUGAACCUUGCUGCCAACAAUUUUGAGGGGUUCAUUGGUGACUUCUCAACUCAUUCGUUAGAAUAUUUGGAUCUUUCUAAUAAUAACUUACUUGGUCAUUUUCCAAAUUCAAUAUUUGAACUCCAAAAUCUUACUGACUUAGAUUUGUCAUCAACAAACUUGAGUGGUGUUGUGCAUUUUCACCAAUUUUUAACAUUUAAAAAUCUACAUUUCCUCAAUCUUUCGCACAAUAGUGCUCUUUCUAUCAACAUUCAUAGCAAAUCUAAAACCCUCCCACCUCAGUUUCAAUAUUUAUCAUCAACUAACAGUAAUCAUUUUCCUAAAUUCCUAGCACCACUAGCCAAUUUAAAUGUAUUAGAUCUCUCUAAUAACAACAUUCAUGGAAAAAUUUCCAAAUGGUUUCAAAGUCAUCUCUUAAGCUCAUGGAAGAACAUUGAUCACAUUGAUCUUAGUUUCAACAAGUUGCAAGGAGAUCUUCCAAUUCCACCGUAUGGCAUUCAAUACCUUUUACUCUCAAAUAACAACUUCACAGGAGGCAUUGCUUUGUCAUUGUGCAAAGCAAGUUCCCUGAAGGUGCUCAAUUUGGCUCACAACAAUUUAACAGGGACAGUACCACAAUGUUUAGGAACAUUUCCUUUUCUUUCUAUAUUGGAUAUGCAAAUGAACAACUUCUAUGGAAGCAUUCCUAGAACCUUUUCCAAAGAAAAUAAUUUUGAGACAAUAAAGUUGAAUGGCAAUCAAUUGGAAGGACCACUACCACGCUCUUUGGUUCAUUGCACAUUCCUUGAAAUUUUGGACCUUGGAGAUAACAACAUAGACGAUGCAUUUCCAAAUUGGCUUGAAACUCUACAAGAGUUACGUGUACUCAGUCUACGAUCAAAUAAACUUCAUGGUAAAAUCACAUGUUCUAGCACUGAGCAUUCAUUCUCUAAGUUGAGAAUCUUUGACAUCUCUCAUAACAAUUUAAGUGGAACCUUGCCAACAUCAUGCAUCAAGAACUUUCAAGGAAUGAUGAAUGUGAAUGACAGCCAAAUUGGUCCGCAAUACAUAGGUAAGGAGAAUUACUAUAUUGACUCUUUGGUGGUUGUAAUGAAAGGUUUUUCCAUGGAGCUAAAGAGGAUAUUGACUACUUUCACGACAAUUGAUUUAUCAAACAACAAUUUUGAAGGAGAAAUUCCUCAUGUCACUGGAGAAUUAAUUUCUCUAAUAGGUCUUAACCUUUCAAACAAUGAAAUCACAGGUAAUAUUCCUCAAUCUUUGUGUAAUUUGAGAAAUUUGGAGUGGUUGGAUCUUUCAAAGAACCAAUUGAUAGGUGAGAUUCCUACAACUUUGACAAAUUUAACCUUUCUCUCUUUCUUAAACCUCUCACAAAACCACCUUGAGGGAAUCAUACCUAAAGGUAAACAGUUUGAUACAUUUGAAAAUAAUUCCUAUGAUGGAAAUGCAAUGUUAUGUGGAUUCCCGUUGUCUAAAUCAUGCAUACAUGGCGAAGAUCAACCACCACAUUCAACAUCAAAAGAUGAAGAGGAAUCAGAAUUUGAAUGGAAAGCAGUAGUAAUAGGAUAUGUCUGUGGGGCAAUUUUUGGGUUGCUGUUGGGAUAUAAUGUCUUCUUCCUAGGGAAACUUCAAUGGCUAGUAAAAUUCUUUGAACGUAUGUUUAACGUAAGACUGAAGAGAGCACACAACAGACCAAGUGAAAAAUCACAGAAGAAUGAAUUCAUUUGA